AUUAAACCCAGAUAUGCAGGAAACAAUCCAGAAGGAGGUUGAUUUGGCUGUUGGAAGAGAUCGCACUCCAUGCUGGAAUGACUCAGAGAACAUGCCGUAUCUGCAAGCUGCUCUCUGUGAAGUUCAAAGAGCAGUGACUUUGGUUGUUUUAGCUCCAACUAGCACUCGUCGGGAUAUAACGAUAGCCGGUUACCAUAUUCCGAAAGGAACCGCCGUUCUUGCCAAUCUUAAUAAAACACAUCACGACGAGAGAGAAUGGCCUGAACCAGAGAAAUUUAAACCAGAAAGAUUUCUCGAUUCCGAUGGAAAAUUUGUCGGUUGGAGUAAAAUUCAACAUUUUAUCCCGUUUGGGCUUGGUCGUAGAGAAUGUGCCGGACAGUCAUUAGCAAAGAUCUUGAUGGUUACAUUUGCUGCAAGCUUGUUGCAUCGAUACAAGUUUGAAUUGCCAGAAGGAGCAGAAAUUCCAACAACAGAAGUUACCGAACCGCAUUUGGUCAUGCGCCCACAGGAUUUUGAAGUGGUUGCUAAGGAAAGAUGUGAUAUGACAAUGUAAUGCCUAAAUUUAUAAUACUUACUGGUUCGGACAGUCCGCAAGUAUACUGACAUACUUAAUUUGCUUGUGAUUUAUACUUGCAUUUAAUUUGUUACUUGAUUCAAUUUGAUUAUUCUCAAAAAAAUUUGCACGUG